ACCGCCUGUGUGCACACAGUCGGCGGCCGCGCGCAGCACUCUGGGCCCGGAUGGCGGCUCUGGCGGCUGGGAAGGGGGCUUUCCGGGAGGAGGAGGGCACCGGUGGGGACGCAGCGGCUCCGCAGCUCCAUGCCCCGACGAGUGCGCCCGGGGCUCGUCUCUCAAGGCUGCCUCUGGCGCGAGUGAAGGCCUUGGUGAAGGCGGACCCCGACGUGACGCUCGCAGGACAGGAAGCCAUCUUCAUUCUGGCACGAGCCGCGGAACUGUUUGUGGAAACCAUUGCAAAAGAUGCCUACUGUUGUGCUCAACAGGGGAAGAGGAAAACCCUUCAGAGGAGAGAUUUGGAUAAUGCAAUAGAAGCUGUGGAUGAAUUUGCUUUCCUGGAAGGUACUUUGGAUUGAUUGCUGAGCUGGGCAGUUUUGUGAGCCUGUACCUGCAUCCUUCAGCUAGGGCCUCUGCAAGUCUCAGCUUUGACGAAGAGUCUUUGGAAUACUGGACUUACACACUUUUCCUGUUCUACCUUCACCUAAGCCUGGAUAAGCAGAGAUCUCACCUCUUAGCUUUUCUUUAUAAGGUCUUCCACUACUUGUGUCUUCCAUUUCUGGCCCGGAUGCAGCUGCUGCUGCUUGUGGUAGAGAUAUAGAAAAUGAUUUUGUAGGUUGCUUAAUAAAUGAUAAGGACCAAAUAAAAGUUUCUGAUCAACCUCAA